CACAGUAACAACAGCACAAUUUUUAUAACAAAAUAAAAUCGAACAAGAAACUUAGCAACGCUAAUAACAACUGCUGUUGAUUUCUGAUUUCGUUUGGAGCGAAAAGGGUAUAUUACAGUAGGUAUAAUAAAACAAUAACGCCACAUAAAGCAAAAACAACACUAACUAAAAUAAUAAAAAAAAAAAAAAGAAGCGAAUAACAAUAAGAAAAAAAGAAAACAUAUUAAAGACACAAGAAAUAACUACAACAAUAUGGAGAGCAUGUCAUCAUCAAUUGAGCCCGUGGUACUACCACCACGUACCGCCAAUUUGCUGGCAUGCAAACAAUGGUGGCGUGUUUGCUUUUUGUAUGGCGAUCAGCAGAAAUAUUAUCGACAAGUUUAUAGUAAAGCAGCAGCCCAAAGAUUGGCAUUAUCAGCGGCGGCAAAGCAAGAAAUUGCAGCAGCAGCAGCAGCAGCAGCGGCAGCGGCAGCAGCAUCAGCAAAAACAACAAAAACAACAACAACAACAGCAAUAGCAUCAUCAUUAGCAACAAGUGCUUUAAAUAAUGAAAAUGACAGUAACAACAUCGAGGCUAUCGAGUCCGAAUAUGAUGCGGUUGCUGUCGAUUUUAUCGAAACACAAUUAGACGAUGAAACCCAAGAUUCAGCCGGCGAUAAGAUGGCGACACUACAUGAAAAUAUUAAUGCUGUAAGCACCAAAGAACAACAACAAAAACAACAACAGCAACCACCAACUUCAGUUAGUUUAUUCCCUUUGAAAUGUGAGACCUUAAGUGAACCGACAAAACUUGAAGUGGGUAAUGCUUUGCGAAGAAGCAAAAGACUUUUACGAUCAUUGCGAGGACAUCGCAAGGACGCUGAAACCGAAAAGCAAAAGAAAACUACGAAACAAUUGCACCAAAUGUUAAAAAAUUUCAACAUCAACCAUCAACAGUAUCAGCAACAACAACACAAACAACAACAACAACAGCUACAGCACACAAACGAUUGUGAACCAGAAGCGGUUAAGCAGAACGCCAAACAUACCCUACUCGAUGAUCCUUUUCUGUUCGGCAUUGAUGAAGAUCACUUAGACGACUUAGUGCGCGGUUCCCAAACAAAUCAUCCAAAUCCUAGUCUCGCUGAUCAUGUAACUAAAUAUUUUAAUCUUCAUUAUAAUGAAGCUGAGGUAAAUUCCGAACUACAAUCAACCAUUUCCACUGAUCAGGACCAGGAAGAGAAACCUGCAUUGCCACCAAAACGAUUCCAAACGAACUCUGGCAGAAAAACGUGCCCAACGCAAAAUUUAAAAUUGAAUGACAAUGACUUGGAAUUUUUAAACUUAAGUUUACGUAACCGCAGUUUACCGCGUAACGUUAAACCAUUUAAAGAUCCACAUGAUAUUAAUUUCCGAUUCAAAGAAGAAAAUAAAAAUAAUAUCGCUAACGACGACAAUGGAUUACACGAAAAUUGCCAUAAAAAUCAAACACCCAUCAGCCGAACCCCGCUCACACAAAUUUCAUACCUGCAAAAAAUUCCAACGCUACCCAGGCAUUUCUCACCGAGCUGUACAGCUACAGCUAACGUUUCCCAAGCGGGCUCCAGUACACCACCACCGCCAUUGCCACCUCUUAAUAGUUUAAGACAAGGCACUGGCAGCAAUAAUGCCUCGCCAUCGAAAGGGCCAUUGCCCAGCAGUUCUUCGGCUGGCACUUUGUAUUGCGGAACGAAUACCGCCGGCUUGCCUACAUCCCCAUUACCAUUGCAACGUCAAUACCAACCACAGCUAACUCACCUGCCACCGGUCUCAUCCCACCAGCAUCCAUAUUUACCACCUCACUUACAACAGCCCAAUAAUCAGCAGCAGCAGCAACAACAACAACAACAACAACAUCUUCAACAUAUUGUAACGACACCGUUAGCUGCAACAUCUUUGCAGCAUCACGCUCCAUUACAGUAUUCACCAGCAGCAUCUGCAUCAUCAUCGAUGUCCAAGUAUUCGACGUCCUCAUUAAAGCCACAUCAUUUGCAACACCAACAGUCCCAUCAUCAUCAACAGUCACAACAACAUCAAUUGUCGCCCGCAAUUUCAUCACCAUCACCUCCCUCUCUGCUUCAUCAUCCAUCAGCGGUACAUGGUCACGGUCCCUUUUUGGUGGGACAACAUUUAGACCUACAACGGCAGUCACAUUCAGACGACGACAGCGGAUGUGCCAUUGAGGAGUAUACUUGGGUGCCGCCAGGACUCAGACCAGAUCAGGUGCGAUUAUAUUUCUCACAAAUACCUGAUGACAAAGUGCCAUACGUUAAUAGCCCCGGCGAACAGUAUCGCGUACGACAGUUACUACAUCAACUUCCGCCACAUGAUAACGAGGUUCGUUACUGUCACUCAUUGACGGAUGAGGAACGUAAGGAACUUCGUUUAUUUUCAACACAACGUAAACGUGAUGCUCUUGGACGUGGUAAUGUAAGACAGUUGAUGAGUGCACGUCCAUGUGAUGGUUGCGAUGAAUUAAUCUCUACCGGUGACAUUGCGGUGUUUGCUUCACGUUUAGGUCCAAAUGCUUCAUGGCAUCCCGCAUGCUUUUCAUGCUGCGUAUGCCGUGAAUUACUUGUAGAUCUAAUAUACUUCCAUCGAGAUGGACGAUUAUAUUGUGGACGGCAUCAUGCUGAAACGUUGAAACCUCGUUGCUCAGCUUGCGAUGAAAUUAUCCUUGCCGAUGAGUGCACUGAAGCUGAGGGACGUGCUUGGCAUAUGAACCAUUUUGCUUGCCACGAGUGCGAAAAGCAGCUGGGUGGCCAAAGGUAUAUUAUGCGUGAGGGUAAACCGUAUUGUUUACUUUGCUUUGAUGCCAUGUUCGCUGAAUACUGUGACUAUUGCGGCGAAGCGAUUGGUGUCGAUCAAGGGCAAAUGAGUCAUGACGGCCAACACUGGCAUGCCACUGAUGAGUGUUUCUCAUGCAACACCUGCCGUUGUUCGUUGCUGGGACGUGCUUUUUUACCACGACGUGGUGCCAUAUAUUGUUCGAUAGCUUGCAGUAAAGGUGAACCACCUACACCAUCCGACAGUUCGGGUACGGGAAUGUAUACGACACCCACACCACCCACACAACGCGUACGACCUCAAACUCGUAUACCAAGCAGUCAUGCCUCUAGCUCACCUCCGAUGUCUCCACUGCAGCAGCAGCAACACCAGCAAAACUUUAGCAAUGCCAUGUACCAACUGCAAAGUCAACAAAUAGCGGCAGGUAUUGGGACGAGUCCGGCGUUAACUACUGGCGGCAGUUUGGUAGUAAGUCAUUCAGGAUCGAGUAGUGAUGCAGUGAAACAAAGUUAUCCUACUUCCGAUUCGGAUGCCGGUGUCGUCAAAGACUUGGAACCGACGGCGGGCGAUUUUACAGAUUUUUCCGGUGGAGCCGCUUCUUCAUGCUCGCCCCUUAUCUCGCCAGGAGAAUUUAAUCAUAUAAUGCCAAAACCUAUGGAACUAAAACGUGAAGGUGUUUAUAAUUUCAAUGAAAUGUCGUUAAAUCUAGACACCACGACUUGGCCACAAAAACUACCUCCGUCAGGUGAUGGUCACAAUUACAAUUUACAAGAACGCAGCUUACAGCAAUGCAGUGAAUUGGAAAAUGCCAAAACUACUAGUAUGCCAGAGUUAACGGAUCAUCAGAACCGCAUUAAACACCAAGAUCAAGAUUAUAUGCAAACGCAGCUACAGCCGACGUCACAUCUACAACAGCAACCGAAUUUCACAUCACCGCCUCCAUCCGAAAUAGCAGAACUGCCAACGCCUAAUUUGUCAGUAGCUUCAACGGCGCUGCCCCCCGAACUGAUGGGUUCACCUACAGCUUCAGCCGGCGACCGAUCGAUAACAUCACCGCCGUCCUCACAAUCAGCUGGAAAUCAACCAGUGCUUCCUGUGUCUAUACUAAGCGGAGCGUCAUCGUCGUCGCCUAUGAGUGGAGUAAACAGUGGUAGCGGUAAUGGGGGCAAUGAAAGCAAAAAGAAAGGCGUUCGCUUUGAAGGUAUACCAGCCGAAACAUUGCCACGCUCCCGCAGUUAUUCGGGCAACGCGGCAGGUACAAAUCGCCCUAGUGAACCAUCGGAUACACGUAGUCAUAGCAGUGGAGGUCAUUCGUCGAGACGGCGUCGACGACGUAAAUCAUCGAAUCAUCAUCGAUCUGGUAGUGGGCAUCGUUCGAACUCCACUACUCGAGCCGACACGUAUGCCCCUACUCAGCCUUUAUCUUCGUCAUAUCAAGGACCUCCAUCUGCGUUACAAACUUCUGCGUUAGAUCCUACGCGAACUCAUGGUAAUAGUCAAACUGCCUCAGCACACGAUGACGAUUCCGAUGAUGCUUCAAGCGUAUGUUCAACAUGCUCGUCAAGCUCAUCCAGCUCUGAGGAUUAUAUGAUGUAUCAGCUUCCGCAACGACGUCAUUACGGUGGUGUGCGUGUUAGUUAUGUACCCAAUGAUGCGUUAGCGUACGAUCGUAAACGCAAACCAGCCGACCCCAAUGAUAAAGAUAAAAACUGUAUCAUAUCUUGAUUGAGUUCCUAUCGUUCCUCUCUCCCACCUUUGCAUUAAUUUUGCAUAUAAUUGAUGGCAGUUUUGCAAGCACAACGUAAUAAUUAUCAUCUUAAUUAUGAUUGCAUAGCAAAGAUCUCUCUUGUAGCACUUAAUGGCGAACCCAUAAAUUUGUUAUACAAUAUUUUUUGCCAAAAUUGCCGUUGGGCGUAAAAAGUUGUUUGGCUAUCUGAUCAGAUUUACAUGUAAAAUCAAGGGUUGCGGCAAAAUGACUACAAGCAAAUUUAUAUUUUUAUACCCUACAUCACUUAUAGAAGGCAAAUUUCGUGUAAUUUCAAAAAAAGGAAAACAAAAAAACAAAAAAAGGUUGUUAACGAUCCGACCUUUAUUAUAGCAAUUAAUUUUAUAAAAGCAAAAAAAAAAAAAAACAAAAUAAAAAAAAAAUGUUUUAUAAUGACUUUAACAUGUCCCGUUCAAUCGUACGAAAGUUUCUGAAAACACAAAAAAUCUAGUUUAUCAUAAAUAGAAACAAUUUUUACACUAUUCGCUAUAGAGAGUAACAAGCCUGACUAUUGAGGCUUUCUUUGCAUUGAUUUUCACAAAAUACCAAAUUAUUUGUUAAGUAAAAUUAGAAAUUUAAAUAAUUUAAAUAUAUGUAUAUCUUUUUUUAUAAGUUUCCUUUAAAGAUGGUUUCGUCCCAUUAUUACAUUGAAUACGAAAGAAAGAAAGUCUUGAUAUUUGAUUUUUAUUACAAUACAAAGAGAAAGUACAAUGAAUUAAUUAUUUCGCAUACAAACAGUAUCACUGCAGAAUUGCAUAACGUUCUUCUUUAAACUGCAUGUGAGAAUGUAUUUAUGUCAGUAUUUUUUUAAAUAUUUACAAGAAAAAGAUAGAAGACUAAGAAUUCAUUACAUAACAUUAGCAUAAAAUGGAAGACGAAUUGAAAAUGCCUGCAAACGAAACUCACUCGUCUCCCCAAAAGUAUACUCAACGUAAUGUAAAGGAAAGCAAUAGAUUAUAAUAAUAAUAAUAGUAAUAAUAAUAUAUUUAAGAUGCGCGUGGUCAUGUGUUGAUAAUCUAUGAAUAAUAUAUAUAUGAAUAAUGAUUCAUAUUUCGUCUGACUUUAUAUAUAUACUAAAGAUAACUUCUUUUUGUAGAAAAUAACUAUUUAAAGUACAUUUAGUUUUAUGGGGAAAAAAAACAAAGUACGCACUA